AUGUGUGACUAUGGAUUGUGCAAAUCUGAACGAGAGCUAUCCAACUUUUUUGUGCUUCUGGCUAGCAACAAUAGGGGUUUCAGAUUUGGAAAUGGUUCAGAAUUUGUCAUUGAGUUUACUUUCUCUGCUCUUUGUUUUGGAAAUAUUAUGUUAAUAUGGUUUUAUUUUGUUGUUAGUGUGCCUGGUUGGCUUGGGCAUCAUCUAGAUUUACGACUUGUCCGGAAUCAAUGGCUUUUGAUAGAUCCCAACAUAGAAUUUCUAAUGUCAGAGGCUAAUGAAGAUAAGACAUUUGGAGACUUCAGAGAGAUGGGACAUAGGCUAGCUAAGGAAGUUAUUUAUUUUCUUAAAACCAAAAUGGACAAAGCAUCAAGAUUUGGGAGUUUGGGAGAUAUUAGGCUAAGUUUUGUUGGACAUUCUAUUGGUAACCUCAUUAUAAGAGCAGCGUUAGCAGAUAGCAUCAUGGAGCCAUUUCUAAGUCACCUAUAUACAUAUGUUUCAGUAUCUGGUCCACACUUGGGGUAUCUUUAUAGUUCAAACUCGUUAUUUAAUUCUGGAUUAUGGUUUUUGAAGAAGCUAAAAGGCACACAGUGCAUUCAUCAACUCACUUUCACGGAUGAUCCAGAUAUCCAAAAUACAUUUAUCUAUAAACUGUGUAAGCAGAAAACCUUGGAACAUUUUAGGAAUAUUAUUCUGCUAUCUUCCCCCCAGGAUGGUUACGUGCCUUACCAUUCUGCUAGAAUUGAAUCAUGCCAGGCUGCAUCACGUGACACUUCAAAGAAGGGUACACUGUUCCUAGAAAUGUUGAAUGCUUGCUUGGACCAAAUCCGUUCCAACUCCACACAACGCCGAGUCUUCAUGCGCUGUGAUGUCAACUUUGAUCCAUCUACACAAGGCAAGAAUCUGGACUCUAUAAUCGGUAGAGCUGCACAUAUUGAGUUUCUGGAUUCUGACAUUUUCGCAAGUUCUCUAAAGCCUUCAGCCAUAACCUCUCACCCUUUGUGA